CACGCCCUAUGCAAGCCCGGGCGCGGACUUGCAUAGGGCGUGGGCGAGAAGUGUGAAGCCAGAGCGCGAGUUUAGCGAGGGUGGCUUGAGAGGCCAGUCUGCGUCUUGCCUUUGACCCACGUGUACCUUCCUCUCUUUGCCCGUAGAAGUCGACCUCGUCUCCGCCACGACGCUACCCCACCGAGAUCUUAUAAAUCAUUUGUCUGCUCCUGACCGUAAAAAGCUAAACAGAUAUUGAGGUUUCCUCUGGACCUGUCGGGUAAUAAAGUAGUUCUCUCGUAACUUAUUUUUUUAUUUAGUAAUUUAUUUAUUUUUACAGAAUCGGAAAGAUCUAUGUGAACUCUGAAGUGAAAUACAAUGAUAAUAUGAAACUCGCAGUUAUACUACACUAAAAGUGAUACUGUUAAAAAAAAAAUCAUCAGAAGGUACAUAUAGGCGAAGAUGUGGCUCAAAGAAAGCACUGAGAUGGCAACGAGAUCCAGAACAGCAAUGCUCACGAGACACACUGUGAAUGGCUUCCGCUACCAGGUGGCUGUGAUCACCAAGGGCCGUGCAGUGCUGGUGCAGGCGGUGGAGUGGAUGUACCAAGGCGGGCCAUGUGUAAAGACCUAUUUUCUCAGUCUAGGGCACUCCAAAGCUGACUACAAGCGCAAGUUCAACAGCGAACAAAGACAUCUGUUGGAGAGAGGUGUCCCAUUUAAGGAGUAUGACAUCUUACUGCUGUACAUUGUUCUCCAACUCAUGUGCGGACUGGCUGGCCCGAGCGACCCUGCCUGGGCCUCCCCUCCCACAGGCCAGCCUCUGGAACAUCUCCUGCACAAGGUGAAAAUAAAACGUAACGAUAUUGCACACACAAAUGACGUCCGGCAGAUGUCGGACCAAGAGCUUAUGAAACAGUUGAGAAAACUUAGAUGCUUGUUCUCUAGGAUUCUUAGGCUGGCCGGGAACAGAUGUGGAAUACGUCCUCAUGUUUUCCGUGAUCAGGUUUGGGAGAUCAAGCAAAACUUUCAGGAUCUCUUAAAAAAGGUUAGAGAACCUCUUCAGGCUUCAGACCUAGACAAGUUCCCACAACUACAACAAGAAAUUCAAGUCUUUCAAAAAGCACUUCAGAACAAGAUAAAGGAGGCGAGUGAGAGGGAGUUGCGUGGUCUCUACCCGCAACUGUGGGAUGUGACUCUUGCACAGUGGCUGUAUCCAGAUCUGAAAAUCCGACCGAGUGUGAACUUUACUAACCUGGUAAUCAAAGAGGAUACCUCAACUCUGUCACCGUCUCAACAACGGCUACACCAGCCUCAGGACAUAUCUCACAAGGAUCUGUUGCAAAUCACAGAUGUAUACAAUCGCCUGCCUGAAGUGAUCAUAAUAUCAGGUGAAGGAGGAAUGGGGAAGACCACGCUGCUGAAGCACAUGCUGGAGAUGUGGGUGAGAGAUCCCUCGCAAAUCAAGGGACUUCAAGAUGUUUCUCCUCUGCUGUACCUACAGCUAAGAGGGUCCACCAUUACCACCUGGAAGGACAUGCUUAAGAGUGCCCUUUGCAGUACAUUUCAGGAGUCUGGACUUACUACUGACAUUUUUGCAGAUCUAUUUCAGGCUAUGCAUGUUGUAGUCCUUCUGGAUGGUUAUGAUGAAGUGAGCAAAAAGGCAAAGGAGCUCAUAACUGAUCUUAUAAGCUACCGAAGAAACAUGCGUAUCGUGAUAACCACUAGACCGAGCUGUCAGAGAGAGCUGACUCAGAUAAUGAAGAAUAAGAAGCAAGUAAUGAACAUCGAAAUCAAAGGCAUUGAUAGAAAAGAUCGUUCUUACUUUGUUGAAAACACUCUAACUGCUCUUGUCAACGAUCCAGUGCGAAGAGAUGAUCUGAAAGAGAAAAUCAUUAGAAAUCUCGGGGACUUGAAAACGGAAAAGGGAGAUUUGGACGUUCCUCUAACUCUGACACUGUUGACCAUACGCGACGUUGAGGCUCCAGAUGAGAGCUCACCUGAUGUCUAUCAAGACAUAACAUCCCUCAUGAUAAAAAAGGUCAAGGAGAGGGUGGCAGCAAAGGGCAUUGGUGUUACCCUGGGCAAAGUUCGAGAGUAUCAUGAGUUCCAGAAAGGAGUUGCUCUACGAUGUCUGAAGAAACGCGAACAUGACUUGCUUUCAGAAACAGUGGAGGAUUUGAAGGCAAAGUGUAAUGAACUAAAUCUACCAUACAAAGAAAUUCUCUCAGGAUUUCUCGUCUCAAAGAAAUUUAGACAAGGUCUGUUUAUCGUCCAAGUGUGGUCCUUCCCACACAAUCGAUUUCAAGAACACUGGGCUGCAGGUCAUAUUGCCUCACAGUUAUCAAAGAUGUCCCACUCAUUGCCAGACAUGACAGGGUUGUUGGAUUUUACUUUCCUAACUGAUGCCGAGAAGAAGAAAAAGCUUGGCAUGCCAGGACUGCCAACUGAGGAAGAAGUCGUAACCUUUAUGUACACCAAAAAUCCUAUUCUACAGAUUUAUGCAGACAAUAUUGAAGAGGCACAAGAACUGGUAUGGCGAAAUAUAGUAGGAGACAUAUCAGUAUUACUAAUGGAAAUCGUGUUUAACGUUGCACGUAUUUUCUCAUUGUCACAAGAGAACUUUCUGGAUAAGUUUGCCUCUGCUAUCAUCAGCCUCAUUUUAUACAGUGAUCACUCUCAUCUGAUCAGUAAGAACAGCUGCCACAGGAUCUGUGAGACGGUGAUGGCUUCAGGACAACAUGCCAGGAUCUUAGAAGCAGCUGCCAAAGUGCUGGGAAGCAGUGACACACUAAUGACUCGAGGGGAGUAUCUGCCUGGCUUCGUUGCUUUGUUUGACUAUGUCAGGCCUUCCUGCGUGGAAGUCCACAUGAGUAAAGACACAGAAGAGUUGCCACCAAGCUGGCAAGUCUCUGGUCUGGAGGCAUUGUCCAACCAGAACAUUGAACUCAUACUCAUUGUAAUUAAUAUAAAUAGUUCUAUACAUUUCUCUGAGGCAUGUCUACGGGCAACCAUAGGCCAAGAAAGCGUUUGUCGCCUGACCAAGUUCGAUGGUGCAUUGACAUCGGUCGGGGUGCAGCUUCUUCCUGAGAGUCUGGAAAUACUGAGACUGAAAUCAGACGGGGAGGGAGUGCGGGGUUUGGUGACGAGGCUCCAGCAUCUGCAGAGGCUUCACAUCUUAGAUAUUUUCAGAGUAGGUGUCCACUAUGAGAGGCUCGCCGUCUAG